AUGGAGAAGAUCGACAGCUCUGGUGCCCUUCACAAUCCCAAGGGCCAGCAGACAGUGGUCAUCAAGGUGGGAACCAGUAGCCUGAUCCGUGCCAGCACCAAGAGCCUGAACCUGAGCUCCCUGGCCAGCCUGGUGGAGACAUGCCGCGACCUGCACAACCUCGGCUUCAACGUCAUCGUGGUGUCCUCUGGCGCGGUGGCCGUGGGCUGCCAGCGCCUGGGCCUGUCCACCCGCCCCCGGGAGCUGGCCAAGAAGCAGGCCCUGGCCGCCAUCGGCCAGAUCCAUCUCAUGCGCUACUACGACGAUCUCUUCACCGCCCUGGGCCUGGUUCUGCUGACGCUGGACAACCUGGCGACGCGGUCGCAGUACAUCAACGCGCGCAACACCUUCCAUGAGCUGCUGCGCUACGGCACCAUCCCCAUCAUCAACGAGAACGACACCGUGGCGGUGGCUCAGCUGCGCUUUGGCGACAACGACACGCUGUCCGCCCAGGUGGCCACCCUGGUGGAGGCCGACUGGCUCUUCCUGCUCACCGACGUGGACGCGCUGUACACGGGCAACCCCUCCACCGACCCCACCGCCACACCCGUGCACGAGGUGGACGACGUGCACGACCUGGCGGUGGACACCGCGGAGGCGGGGACGCAGUGGGGCACGGGAGGAAUGGCCACCAAGCUGACCGCCGCGGGGAUCGCGACGGCGGCCGGGUGCCGCAUGGUCAUCUGCCACUUCAACAACCCCUCGGUCAUCGUGGACAUCAUCGGCGGCGAGUCCGACGUCGGCACCGUCUUCCACCCCAUCUCCGACCCCCUCAAGGGCCGCAAGCGCUGGAUCCUGAGUGUGCCCUCCAAGGGCGAGAUCUGGGUGGACGACGGCGCGGCGCGCGCCAUCAAGAAGCACGCCAGCCUCUUCGCGGCGGGCAUCACCAAGGUGGUCGGCGAGUUCCAGCACCAGGACGCGGUCAAGCUGUGCGACGCGCAGGGGCGCGAGCUGGCGCAGGGCCUGACCAACUACAGCAACGUGGAGGUGGAGGCGGCCAAGGGCCUGUCCUCCGCCAAGUUCCUCGAAAAGCUGGGGUACCAGGGCCAGGAGGAGGUGGUGCACCGUGCCAGCAUCUGCCUCCUGGUCAAGCGGGAGCAGGGGCGGAGCAUGCGGCGCACGCCCAGCCGCGGCAGCAUGACCAGCCUGGCCAGCAGCCGCGCGCCCUCGCCCGCGGGCCCCGAGUCGGGGUACGAGGACUCGCCCAGCCACUCCCCCGCGCCCGUGGCGCGGGGGCAGUCCCCCGGCCGGUCACGGACGCCCCCGCUCCCGCCCACGACGGGGCAGCAGGAGUCUGGGGCGGGGGAGGGCCAAGAAGGCCCGGCACUCAGCGAGGACGACAUCGUCACCCGCCUGGCACACCUCAGGCAACGGGCAGGGCUGGGUGCGUCGGGACCGUCAGACGACUGGGACUCCCAGAUGGCGUAUGCCAUGCACGCCGAGCUGCAGGGCAGCAUGCACGCCAAGCCGGUGGCCUCAGACCAGGACGUCGACGAGGGCGGCUGGCUGCCCAAGUGA